UCUUGACUGUUCUGAAGGGAUCUCUAGUUUAUCGAGCGCUCUGCGUGUGUGUGUGUCCCCGCAAAGUCCUUUCUUCCCCCGACUAGGCGAUGAUGGUCUCUCUCGCUGUCUCUCAGGCCAGCACCCAGGAGGAGAGUAGUAGUUGGCCUGGCUUGUGGAGGGUGAUGCGCCGCGACAGCUAAACCCUGGAUAGAGUUUCAGCGGCUACUAUAUAUAUAAAGCAGCCGGGGGGCUUAUGUCACCGCGCUAAUUAAAUUCUGUCGGGCCGCUUCUCUCUGGGGGCUGCUUUUGGGAGCCCCUCACCCACCUCCGAGAGGCACACAGAGGCGAAAGGCCAGAGCAUGAUGAUGGACCUUUUUGAAUCCGGCUCCUAUUUCUUCUACUUGGACGGGGAGAAUGGAGCCCUCCAGCAGCUGGACAUGGCGGAGGGCUCGCCGCUAUACCCGGGCAGCGACGGCACCUUGUCGCCUUCCUCGUGCCAGGACCAGCUGGCCCCGGAGGCCGGCGGCGGCGGGGGCAGCAGCGACAGCAGCAGCGGCGAGGAACAACACGUGCUGGCGCCGCCGGGCCUCCAGCCGCCCCAUUGCCCGGGCCAGUGCCUCAUCUGGGCCUGCAAGACCUGCAAGCGGAAAUCCGCGCCCACCGACCGGCGCAAAGCGGCCACGCUGCGCGAGAGGAGGCGCCUCAAGAAGAUCAACGAGGCCUUCGAGGCCCUCAAGAGGCGGACGGUGGCCAACCCCAACCAGCGCCUGCCCAAGGUGGAGAUCCUGCGCAGCGCCAUCAGCUACAUCGAGAGGCUCCAGGACCUCCUGCACCGGCUCGACCAGCAGGACAAAAGCCAAGAGCUGCUCCUGCCCGCCGCCGGCGACGCCUUCAGCUUCAGCUCCAAGCAGGGAAAUGUGCCCACGCCCGACUUCAUGAGCACCUGCACCGCCGACUGGCCGAGCGCAUCUGAGCAUUCCAGGGCGCUGCCCAUCGGCGCCAAGGAAGGGAAUCCCCUCGUUGACUCUUCGGCGUCCAGCAGCCUCCGUUGCCUCUCCUCCAUCGUGGACAGCAUUUCCUCGGAAGAUCGCAAAGUCCCCAACGGGGAGGAAGUGGUGGAGAAGUAGCUGCCCCGGUAGUAUUUUUGGAAGCAGGCAGCGGCACAAGGGGACUGUCUAUCCCUUUCGCCCUUUAGACUAAAUCACAAUUAAUUUAAUCUUCAGGAAAUCCUGGAGGGGGGGAGAGAGGGAGGGAGGCGUUGUGGAAAAGCGCAUACAGCUGAACAAAUAAAAACACGUCCUCUUAAAAGGCAUUUUUGCCCUCCGUCAAAGUGCACAGUCCCGCUUUCAUUUCCAACGGCCCCCCUCCAAUUUCAGUGGUACUUUUACUUUCACCUAAAGUUGCCUCGACCAGCUAACCCUUUCCUUUUAUAAUUAAUAUAUUGCCUUGUGUUUUAGUGAGGAUCUUCUUUGCAUCAUUCAGUUCAUUCCUGUUUGAAGGAAGCUCCUGGUUGCCUUUUAUUUUUUUUUCUUUUCCUUUUAUUAAGUUUCCGAGAUUUAGGUUUUGUGUUGUGUGUGGGGUUUUUGUAUAUAAUGUUAGUAGCUUCUUUCUUCUUUUCCUUUUUUUAACAAAAACAAAAAAACCAAAAUUAAUAUCUUUUUGAAAUGCGGGAUGUGAUCUUGUAUAUAAUAAAAGCUAGAUAAAGUUUCCAAGGUUGUAAAAUAAAUCUCUUUGUGUAAAAAAAAAAAUCUUAAUUGAAAAUGUUUAGUUUCUUUGCAUGUGAUUCUACUAAAGACUCCAAGUUGACAGGGAAGAAACAAAAGUGGCACCAGUUCCCCAUUUUCUCUCCCUCCCCCCAAAAACCCGAGUCAGCUUUUUCAAAAUAAAACGAUUCGUUUUAGUCAAAAGAGUAUUACCAAUCCCUGAACUGGCUUAAAGUUCCUGGUAAGUGAGUGGGAUUCUUCUAAGACCUAGCUGUGACCAUUUUCUUUACUGAAAUCGUUCGAAUAAAAUCCUUGGAGUGCCUCCUCUGAAAUCGUGAAAUCAAUAGGACAACGAGGGAGUAAGUGGCUGGGAAAUCCCACUGAGAGAAACGAGAGGGAAGUGUUUGUGACUUGCCUCCUGGGCUUGUCGCUCUCAUCUAACAACCUCCCACGCCGUGUAUCUCCCCGUGCUGUAUUAGAUUUAAAAUCCAUGAAGUCGCUAGGCCUCAUGCAUUCAAAAGAGCACCCAUUCUCGCGAAAUAUUAUUUUAAUCAUGAGAGGAAUGCCCCACAACAUCCUCGUGCAGAAACCACUCGCCAGGGUUUUCCUGGACGUUUUGUGUGCGUGCCUGCGUAGGCGCGUGCGUGCCUGGUUUGUAAGGUGAACCAUUUAGGCAUUCGUUCUCCUCAUACAGUACUAUUGUCAAGACCUAUCCCCUCCCCCUUCGGGGGUUGUGUGUGUGGUGGGAAUCAACGAUUUAAACUCCAGCCUUGUUUUAAGCAGAAUUUAUGGGUGUGGGUUCUGGAGGCUCCGACAGGAGGUUGUCCGUUCCCUUGAGAGGCGGAGGGCCCCCUCACAGGAAGGGGUUAAGCGGACGGACGGACGGGCCAACGGCUCGCCUCUGAUUCGGGCUGUAGAAAAACAACCCCCUUCUGAGGGCGGGCAAAGCAGCGCCCUCCCUCCCAGAGAGAACUUCACAAGUUGUCCCAGAUUUGUUUAUCAUCUCAGGAAGGGGCGACCACCAAGAAACCAUAACACACCCCCGACGGCUCUCUCCCCUCCCCGCUUCCCCAAAGGCCUAUGGUGCUUAGCAAGAGGUAGAAUUUCCAACGGGCAAUUCUUUGCAAGUCGCUUUGGGGUUUGCUGUCUGUGCCAGAGCC